AUGAAACUGGGCAGGUCCACUAUAAUUUUGGGGAUGGAGACCCUCAAGCGUUUGGAGGCCACCUUGCAUACUACGGAUGAUACACUCUAUUGCGGAGCACUGGGUUCAACUUGGUCCUUGUCACCUUAUAGCGGCGGGAGCAUCUCCAGCGUUCUCACUGAUACACGGCUCAAGUUGCCCACUAGGAGUAAGGUGGACGAACGUCUUAAGGGAUGGUCGUUCCCCAAGGUCACUGUCCAGCUGAAACCUGGUGCCGUGCGACCCUGUCCCAAGCGGCCAUAUGUGUGUCGUAAGCGCGAGAUGCAGGCCAUGGAGCUCAUGGUUAAGAAUCUCGAGAAGAACGGGAUCAUCACUCGCCUAUCACGUGCAGCGGUCGAUCAUCGUCAAGUUUGGAUCUCUCCUGCGUUUGCAGUACCGAAAGCGGCCGCAGACGACGUUGCCGAGCCCUUGACUGAGGAUAAUGUAGAUCGUGCUUAUCGUCUCGUCGUUGAUGAAAGGUGUAUCAAUGAGUCCGUCAUGGACCUGCUACCUAGCUGGGGGACCUACAUGCGCUCCGUAGAUGAGUGCUUGUCUGAGCUACCCUCUAGUGACGUAUGGUACGCAGGCAUUGAUGUUGGCCAAGCCUUCUUCAACCUUGAAUACGACGAAAGCUGUGUGCACCUGUUUGGAUUCUCGUACUAUGACUCAGACGGCGAGGUUCAAUACGCGUUGUUUCGCUAUAUGACUAUGGGAUUCAAGCUGUCAUCCUUUUAUUGGGCCUACUCGAUCCACUCUCUCCUCUCGACAGCUAUUCCCGAAGCGUACUGCACGGACGGGCCAACCCACAUCUUGACCUUUGUCGACGACAUCUUGGCGUGGUCACGGUUCAUGGACGAAUGUGUUCACCUGAAGAGCCUCUUAGUAUAUAUCCUGGAGAGGGUUAAUGCCAAGGCACCAAUAGCCAAGCGCAAAGGCCCAGCUCGAAAGAUCGACUACUUAGGGCUGACUCUAGUUCAAGGAGACUAUAGGGUAUCCGACUCUACCCUGGAAACACUCCGUACGAAUCUGGAGUCCAAACCACUCACUCUCAGAGGUCUUCGUACGAAACUCGGACUCCUACAAUUCUGUCGCUCCCUAUGGAGACCUGAACGCAAUCGUGCCGACAAGACUCUCAGCCAUCUCACGGCACCGUUCACCUCUUUAGUCGGCUCGAUGGUCGCGGCCAAGUCCAAAAAGACUGCGAGUCUACAUUGGACGGCGGACCUCGAGAAGGCAUGGAAGGCCAUCGGCGACAAUAUGGGUGAUGCAUUCGUGCCCUUUCAUUCCCAGCUUGAUAACUGGGAUGGAAUGCAACUCGUCCUCAUGAGUGACGCGUCGCCUGAGGCCGGUGCAGCCUGUCUAUGGCGUCUGUCGAGAGACAAGUUCGCGUGUAACGCGGAUCAAAUAUCAGCCGACUGGUUGGCUGAUAAUGCCCAACUCAUCGGUGUAUGGACUCACAAAUGGUCCACAUACGAGAAGGCCUACGACAUCGCCGAUCGUGAGUUAUAUGCCAUAUGUCACGCUCUGUCUCACUGGCGUCAACUCAUCCUUUCCUUCCUCAACUUCCAUAAGCUCCACUCCUCGGACAAACACCAUGGUCUCGGACGGGUCACAGUUUUCAUGGACUCCACUAGUGCUCUGGGCAAGAUCGAGGGUCGUCUCAACUCCUCUACCUACCAGCCUACUACUCGACAGACUAAACGGUGGCUCUCAUGGCUGGCAGACCUGCUGGAGUACGAUGAGGCUGAUCUAACCUACCGCCAUGCGAAAGGGAAGGAUAACUCUUUCAGCGAUCUCCUGAGUCGUCUUGCUCAAGGGGGACAGCGGUAUGUCCCUGAGGGUGGUGGCGAAGCGUUUGUCUUGGUGACCUCGACAUCACCCUCCCAAAGUGAACUACCUACCGUGGUAGGCUACCACGGAUCGUUCUGCCUCUGUCCACGACUCCACCAGAUGCAUUCUGGCGGGUGA